GGUUGCCAGCCGUUGUCAUGUAAAACGGCUCGUUUCAGGUCUGUCCACAUAGCGCAUUCACAGCUUUACAGUACAAUGGUACCAUGAAGAAUGCUACUGUUCGCUCGGUUUCACCUGAACUCUCCAGGUGAUGUCACAGAGCGAGACCCGAGUAACAGGAUCGGGGACAUUUCUCCCCUACUUAAACCUACCUGACACAUGGAGCGCGCGGUGGUGGAUACAUUUUUAAGAGGGAUCCCUUCAUUCCCAUCAGCGGAUAAAAUGGCAAACAUAUUUUCUUAUGAGAGCUCUGAAGUGGACUGGUGUGAAGAUAACUAUAAACACUCAGAGAUUGUUGUGGAAUAUUUUAACACGAUGAGCAGUUUCAUCUUCUUUGUGAUCUCCCCUAUUAUGCUUUACCUGUUACAUCCAUAUGCCAGGGAAAGGAACCUGGCCGUGCACCUGGUCUGGAUCAUGAUGGUCUUUGUAGGUAUCUUCUCCAUGUAUUUUCACAUGACUCUGAGUUUCAUGGGACAGAUGCUUGAUGAGCUGUCAAUCCUCUGGGUUUUGGCUAUCGGCUACUCUCUGUGGUUCCCACGCAGACACUUCCCAUCUUUUGUUAAGGACAGGAGAUCCUUCUCUCAAAUGGUUCUGGUUAUGACGGUUGUAACCACUAUAUUCUCCUUUUUCAAACCUACAGCCAAUGCCUACGCUCUCAACUUCUUUGCACUACAUAUCAUCUACUCCCUGUUGGUGGAAUUAAAAGAUUGCCCAAAUCAGAGAGUUUUGCGACUGACCUGGGCAUCUAUUGGUCUGUGGGUGCUGGCCAUCUCCUGCUGGAUCAGCGAUCGCUUUGGCUGUAGUUUUUGGCAGAAACUGAACUUCUGUUAUCUGCAUGGGAUCUGGCACAUUUUGAUUGUGUUAGCCACUGCUUAUGCUAGCACUUUGAUCGCCUACCUGGAUGCUACCCUGGAGAUCCCCUAUUCACUACCUGACGUGCAGUACUGGCCACGGGAUAGCUGGGCAAUUGGGCUGCCUUACAUUGUCCUUAAAGGCACCACAAAGCUGAGGAAAAGGUGUUAGCAGACAGAACAAAAAGCAAAUGAAUUGUCAUAUUUAUAAAGCUACUUGGUGUAAUGCUGAUCUAGGUUCGGCUUGUUUUAUUCUAAACAAUAUAUUAUAUACUGUAGGCAGGAUAGAGAUAAUCCUGGAUUAGAGAGACACCUUGCUCUUUGAACGCUAAAGUGAAACAAAGUAAUAGUUAUAUGAGACAAAUUUUACAUCUUGUGGUGAUGUUGCCAUUUCUGGCACUUCAUCCUGUGUGUGUGUGUGUGUGCGUGCGUGCGUGCGUGCGUGCGUGCGUGCGUGCGUGCGUGUGUGUGUGUGUGUGUGCGUGUGCGCGCGUGUGUGUGUGCUCUGUAAAGUUGAGGGUGACUGUCUGUGUACUGAUUGUAUUAUAAUUUUUACAAACAACUUACCAUCUGUUGUGUAAAAAUUAGUAUUUGCACUGUUGUGACAAGAUUAAAUGUAUUUACGACAUUUAAUUCUUGAAUUUUAAUCAAGGGCUUUAACGCUUUUAAAAGACUAUUAUGUUUAUUAACUAAAGUGUGACAAUUACUUGAUUUAUGGGAAAAACUUGAAUGGUAAUUGUUAAGAAAUGCUUUGGUGUGAACUUCACACUGAUAAGGUGCUAAUGUAAAAUAUGUUCGAUUAAUAGUCUAUUUAUGGAGAAGUCACUAUAUUUGUCUGAUAUUAGACGUCACUUCCAUAAUAUUCUGUAAAAUGGUGAAACUGUUUGUUUACAAACAUAAUAAUUUGGGAAUGUAUUGAUGUUGGAAUUGUUUUUAAACGUAUUUUGUAAAGAGAACUUUAUACUUUCGAUAACCUCCAUAUCCUUGUAUGAAAUUGUGUAUAAUGAUGUACUGACAUGACAUCACUGUUAAAAAAGACUUAUGUGGCAUUAAAUAAUACUA